GAAAGAAGAUAUAGAGAGAGGUAUGGACAGGUUUCGGCAAGGCGAACAAGAUGUGAACUAUGACAAUGUGCAGAUGGAUAUGAGUGAGUGGUGCCAAUGCCAUCGCAAGGCGAGAUGUGUAAAGUUGCAACGCUCUGAUCUUCAAAUCAACAUUCAACAAUCACACGAUGUGAUGGGGUGAGUACCAGCAGGCCAGGUAUACUGAGAAUAUCUUACCAAGUAAGUGUCAUACAUCCUAGUAUGUAGGAAUAGCACAUCGAGGGCAACAGCAGCUUGUACCAAUACAGUUAUUGGGUAAAUGUAGAUAUGUACGUGCUUGAAUGUGGUCAAGAGAAUUAUGGUCCUUUUGGAAUGAGGGCUAUAUCAAGGCCUAUUUUUGAAGUAACAGUAACAAUUGUACAUAUUCAUAGAGCUGCUCAUCUGUCUUUCCUUUUAAGAUGGCAGGUUUAACUCAUUUUACCCAGAAAUGACAAUGUGUUAAGACCAUGGUUAGCAUAUUGUUAUGUGCAUUUGAGUGUUGACUGUUAUACUCGUAAUACAUCUGCAUGCUGAGUUGGUCUUUCUAUGGAAAAUGUCAUAUAAGGUUACACUUUUCAUAACAUAAUUUUAAUCAGCUACGUAACUUACUUUUCAUUUUGUUACUAAUUUUAUAUUUACAUGAUUUAGUAUUAAUAUUUUAUUUAAUGUAGGAUCAGUAGCAUAACAUUACUAUUCAAUCAUCAAGUGAUUUAUUAUAUUAGUUUGUAAUGCAUACAUAGGUUUCCUCAAAGAAAUCAUAAUUUUAUUUGAAAUUGGUUAACAAGACUGUUAAUUGAAGUAGAGGAAUGUUCUGAUUAUGAUUCAUUGUUCAGUGAAGCGCAUGGUUCCAAGAGUUGGAAACAAUGGCUUUGACAGCAGUUGGCAUGAUAACAGUGGGGCAGGCACAUAUCUGAGGUUUGAUUAAUGCAUAAUUUCUCUUCUUAUCAGGAGUCAAACAACAACCAUACUGGUAGUAGCAACGAGGAUGAUAAGUCUUCUACAAAAUCAUCAUCGUCCCAUUCAUCACGGUGUUCGGACAACUCUGUGGCCAGCAGUAGGGGUGCUGAACGAGGUAUGAGGCGAGAGGACGCUGUGAAGGAUGGAAAACCUGGAAAUGGGAUUGCCCCAACAGAAACAUGCAACAAAUGGGAACAGGGCAGUAGACACAAGAUAGAAGAGACACACAGAGAAAGGUACUCUAAAGGAAAAUCUGACAGAGAAAAGAAGGACCAAAAUGUACGUCAUACCAGCAGGGAGCAGGGGCACCGUGAAUACAGAGAAAGUGAACAUUCAGGACACGUUAAAGGCCGGGAACAAGACCGUAUGAAGAGAGAUGUUAGGAGAAGCAGGUCUCGCAGCAGGGAGCGAGACCGGGAGAGGCAGAGGUCACGGAGCCGUGACCAAAGUAGCAGAAAGCAUUCACGUAGCCCUGUAAACAGACAAGGUUCAUCUCGACAUCGGGAUGAAGCAUCGUCUCAUUAUAAGCGCUCACGUAGCCGUGACAGGUACAGGAACAGGCGAUCUUCGCCAGGCAGCAAGCGCCACAGGUCACAUAGCCGUGACCGUGGGAAAUCUAGCAGUAGCAGUAGUGGCAGCAGCAGGCGAGGCAGCUAUGAGAAGAAGCCAAGCAAGCUUACAAUCCUGGAGAGAUUGGGCAUUGAACUGAGACCACCCGAGGCUGUACCAGCAGUGACGCCGCAGCAGUUGCUGCAGAAGUCGAUAGAGCAGCAGGUACAACAAGUGAAGACCAGUACUGGUAUUGAGCUGCCGAAGUAUUACAAUCCUGCGGCCAUGAACCCCGCGCGCUAUGCAGAGCAGAUGCAGAAACGAAAGCUGCUGUGGGGAAACAAGGCCCAAGAUGGGAAAACUGAGGAAGUAAAGCCUGCUUCAGUUUCAAAUAACAAGUGGGAAGGAACGACGUUCGCCCAGGACCAAGAUGGCAGGAUGACCGCAAAGUUCAAGCGGCUGAUGGGCAUGAAGGAUGCUGGAGGAUCAGGUGUUGGUUGUGCCUCCAGUGGCCCAUCCUCCAAUCCUGAGGGCAGCGAAAUCUUGAAGAAACAAGAGGAAUUGUUCAACUCGAUGGAGAUGCAAUAUGAAGUUGCCCGCGUUGCCACCCAUACACAUCGGGGAGUAGGGCUUGGUUUUGGGACUUUUCAGUAUCCUCGAUAGCGUCGUCAUGUUUGUUGAGUGAUUAAAAGUUCAGGGUACCUCAGUUUCCAGGGAAUAAUGUUUGAAAAACAAGUCUUGUAAGCGAGAGAUCUGUAUAGUACAAACAUAGUUGGUGGAAGAUGUUAAAGCUGAGGUAGUACUUAAGUGGUCAUCUUCAGAAACAGCGAAUUAAGGAUUUAGUGUUUCCGUAAAGUACUAGUGACAGAGCGCAUUUUCCUACUCCUUGAACCACUGUAUGUACAUUGUGUAUGUACACUGCAGCACGUAUAAUCUGCACUUGGAGCCUCUUUAUUUUGGCUUAGUCAUAAUUCUGUGUUCACGGCGGUUUUCAUAGCAUUUGCUGUUAAUGAUAGAAACUAUGGAAACUUGGUGAUUGUGAUAGUGAUUGCUUUUGAAUAUAAGUGUCAAUGAGUCUGGAAGAUAAAUACAUUGAUAAUAAAUGUCAUGUGUUUAAA